CUGCAGUUUGCUAAUGGUUUAGGGAAGGAUGCCGCAUAAGCUGCUCUUCCACGUCGCCCAGGUCUCCAGUGAGGAUGAGAGUGGUCGUGCCAAGGAGCUGCUUCAGCAGGGGCCUGGGGUCAAGGGAUGGCUCUCUGCAAGAUUCUGUCUCUAUCCUCAGGAACUCAUCUUUCAGCUCCGGGAGAGGUGCCACCUCUCCAAGGUUCAGAUACUGGUACACCAGCACCUUAUACCUGAGAAAGUUGAGUUGCACAUUGGGGACGUAUGCCGGGGGAAGGGGAUUGCCUCUUUAACGCCAAGUCGCUCUGCUAGGCUAAAAGUUCCUCUCGACAAGAACACUCGCAGUUCCAAGGGGCGGGAGCUGAAGUCAGUGACGGUGGAGUGCACAGGCACCUUCCUCAAGCUGCUCCUCCACAAGAACCACCUCAACAGGAACAAUCUCUUCAACCAGGUUGGACUGGUUGCCAUCAACGUGCUGGGUAACGAGGUGGAGGCCAACAACAACAGUGUCUCACCUGAUGGAGAUGGAGGUCAGGUGCCAGCAGGUGACCCUCAGGCAGUGCCACUCUACCAUGACCUUGCCUUUGCAAUGUAUGUUGACACGCAGGUGGCAGCCACUAUCAGGACGCUGGAGGACCGUAGAGCAGCUGCUGUCAGAGAGAAGCGCUACGAGUACGCCAAUAAACUGGCGGCGGCAGUGAGUCAACUACGCACGGCCGGGGAACGGCUGGGCAAGUACGAGAUCGAGAAAAGACAUGCAAUAGACACAGAAAACUACGAGCGCGCCAAGAUAAAGAAGGAGCAGGCAGAGGAGUACAGAGAACAGGUCUACAAGGCGCUAGAAAUUGAAGACCUGCUGGAAAGGAAGGGGAAGGUGGAGAGGAACGACCUGGUUGACAGUAAGGGACCUCGCAAGCUCCCUGCUCCCCCUCGCCAAAGACUCAAAGCUCACUCUCGCGACACCUCGCCCGCGCCCGCCUACACGCCUACCGCGCCCACCCACCUCCCGCCUCCGAGACUCACCAGCACGCCGCCCAAACCCCCGCCCACGCCGCCCAAGUCACCGUCACCUCCGCCCAUCAAAGCGCCCACCGCCCCUCUGCCCGAUCUAAGACCACCACACCAGCAGGUCAUUACGCCACGCCCACCGCCCUCGCCAGGGCGUGCACACCUGCCCGCGCCGCCCUCACCAGCGCCCUACACCACACCGCCCUCUCACUCACCUUAUUACUCGUACGACGAGCGUGCACUACCAGCCCUCAAACACCGAGACGUGUCAGAUCUGGCGGAUGAGGAGGGUGAGGCCGCGGGUAUCGUCAGACGUACCCACGGCCUCAGUGAAGCUGACAAGACUGAUGCAGCGAUACCCAUUGAUGUCUUCGGCAGGGAACUGGUGGAGAAGAUCUACAGUAAGAACUACUCGGAGAAGGAGGCAGGACUGAAGCAGCUACAGCAGGAGUUAAACAGUUACUGUGCUCAGGCCUCAGGUGUUCGACCAGACAGGUACAUGCGGGGUUGCGUGGUGUUGGUUCGUCGUGCGCUGCGAGACAAGGUGUACAGUGUGGGAGUGUUGGCCUCAGACACACUCUCACACAUUCUCAACCAUUUCAUCGCCAAACACAAGGUGACGAAGAAGGAGGUGACCUCGACCCUGGACAAGGUGCUGCCUGACCUGCUAGCCAAGACUGCAGACAACGCUACCAGGAACCAGAACCUGGCAACCUCUGCUAUACUGGAGAUGCUCAGGCUGUCUUUAGACAGGGGUGUGGGCAGUGUGGGCCUGGAGGUAACGCGCCCUCUCACCAACACAGUACAUCCCAGAGGGGCACUCUGCAGGGCCAACAUCGUGGAGACGCAACUCAACGCUCUGGGCAUCACCUUACUGCCCAAGGACAAGGACAGUGGGUUUACUGCGCGACACCUGGUCGAGUUCGCUCACUCAGCCUUCAAGCAUCAAAACAACGAGGUUCGUAAAGUGGGAGAAAGACUCCUACUGGCGCUGUAUUCUCACUACCCGUCCACCGUCAGGAAGGUUCUGCCUCAGCAGGAUGAUCUAGUUCGCAAGAACGUCCUCUACAGAAACCUCUUCGAGCAACUGGAAGCCCUCGAUGAGAAGCGAGAGUCUACUACCUCCAGAAGCAGAGUGUCGCCACCCAGGGCCAGUUCAGCUGCUGCAGCCGUCACUCACACACCCACCCACGUCACCCACACUCCCACCCACGUCACCCACACUCCCAGUCACUACUCCAGCUGCAGCAGCUGCAGCAGCAGCGGGGUCAGCACCGGAGACAGCAGCGUGGGGCACGACACCCUUAGCGUGGGCAGCGGCCUCUCCCCCGGCGUGGGCGGCGGCAUGGGUUGCGGCGGGGGUGUGCCGCAGAUCAGCAUCACCCCCGACGAGGCACAAGUUCGCGGUCGUGCGCUGUCGCGUCUCAAUGGAUCAAGACUCGACCUGACCAGUGUUGAUGGUGAUGUCUCGCCCAUCGACCCUGAGGAUAAAUUAAGAUAUGACAGCACGUACUUGUGGUGUUUCCUUGCAGGUGAAUGUGUGUCUUCAGCAGAGUACCGGAGGUGUGAGCGGUGUAGUGAAGCCAUACCCAAGAAGAACUUCCAUAGUCAUGCCCUAGCCAAGUCUUGUAUACCUUCUAAACCUGAGCCUGUUGCCAAUCACUGUCCGCUGUGCCACGAGAACAUCGCUCCGUGGGACGAGGGCUGGAGGGAGCAUCUGAUGCCGGGACCCAACUCCUGUACACACAACCCCAGGGCUUGGCAACAAGGUUCCAAGAAAGCUUUUUCAAGUGAGAAGAGCUCUUCAGUAGCAUCAGUGGGAGCUGUGGGUGGCGGAGGAAUCAAGUCUACCAGUGUAACUACUGCUGCAGUGGGAGUCAAAACCAGAAUACCCGGCUCAGCAACCCCGGGAACACCCAGAAAGAAUUUCAACAGACGGAGGUAGACAAGAAAAGAAAUCUACGAGGGCAGUAGUGGAGAGGACACGUCAGGGCUACAUGUACUGGGGCUGUGAACCAAAUUUGGGGAUCUAAGAACAGAAAGACAUGACGGUGAAAAUAACAUUGACUAAGAUAUGUUUUUUUUUUUCUCCCCCACUGUUGAAGAUUUAAACAUGUUAAAUAUGACCAAAUUAUUUUUUAUACAAAUUAAUUCUCAUAAAAUAGAAGUGAUAAAUUCCAAUGGAAUUGAAAGUCAAGUGCUUAGUUUCAAAAAUAUUAAUCACCUUGCUGCAUUUCCCAAUGGUACUCCACAUUGGAUGAUAGUUUUAAUUCCAGGAAAUCAGUAAGUAUCUUAUCUCAAUAUAUACAUACUUUUGUGCACUCAUCUUCGUCUUCACUCUGACAGAGUUUCAGUAUUUUGAUACAAAAAAAAUAUUCAUUUGUGACAGAUGAUGGAAUCAGCCCCUGAAACCGACUCUCACUGUCUCCUAAUUCUUAAUUUUGCUGGUAUUAUACAUAUAAUACACAGAAAGAAAGUAAAAUAUAUAAAAAUCCAUUUACAUCAGCGUGGCUAGAUGACCAUCGAUGGAUCGCAUGUGUUUAGUACUGGGUUACUAGCCUCACAGGUCUCACUGUUGAGUACUGGGAUACUAGCCUCGUAAGUCUCACUGUUGAGUACUGGGAUACUAGCCUCGUAAGUCUCACUGCUGAGUACUGGGAUACUAGCCUCGUAAGCCUCACUGUUGAGUACUGGGAUACUAGCC